GCGUUUAUGUGUGUGCCUUUCCUAUCUCUGAGGGGAAGGAGGCCGGUUCGCUGAUGGCGGUUCCACUGAGGGUUCUGCUGGGCUUCUUGGUCGUGCUUGUCGGCUCCGGCGUCGGAGGGCAAAAGAAGAAGGAGAUGGUGCUUUCAGAAAAAGUGAGCCAACUGAUGGAAUGGACCAACAAAAGAUCGGUUAUUCGACUGAAUGGUGACAAAUUUCGUCGUCUUAUAAAGUCACCACCGAGAAACUACUCUGUGAUUGUUAUGUUCACCGCUCUUCAGCCUCACAGACAAUGUGUUGUGUGCAAACAAGCUGAUGAAGAAUACCAGAUUCUGGCAAACUCAUGGCGGUACUCAAGUGCAUUCACCAAUAGGAUCUUUUUUGCCAUGGUUGACUUCGAUGAAGGUUCCGAUGUAUUUCAAAUGCUCAACAUGAACUCUGCUCCAACCUUCAUUAAUUUCCCACCGAAAGGAAAACCGAAAAGAAGUGACACGUACGAGCUACAAGUGCGAGGUUUUGCAGCUGAACAGCUUGCCCGCUGGGUAGCUGAUAGGACUGAUGUGAAUAUUCGCGUGAUAAGGCCUCCAAACUAUGCUGGACCCUUGAUGUUGGGGUUGCUGCUCACUGUUAUUGGUGGCCUUGUGUACUUAAGGAGAACCAACCUGGAUUUUCUUUAUAACAAGACAGGCUGGGCUUUUGCUGCUUUGUGUUUUGUUCUAGCAAUGACAUCGGGGCAAAUGUGGAAUCACAUCAGAGGACCACCGUAUGCUCAUAAGAAUCCUCAUACGGGUCAAGUGAACUAUAUCCAUGGCAGCAGUCAAGCUCAAUUUGUUGCUGAAACACACAUUGUUCUGUUGUUUAAUGCUGGUGUUACUCUUGGGAUGGUGCUCCUGCAUGAAGCUGCUACUUCUGACCUGGAGGUGGGGAAGAGAAAAAUAAUGUGUAUGGCUGGCAUUGGUUUGGUGGUCUUGUUCUUCAGCUGGCUGCUCUCAAUAUUUAGAUCUAAGUACCAUGGCUAUCCAUACAGCUUCCUAAUGAGUUAAAGAAUGUUGCAUCUCUGUUAUCCUGAAGCAUGAAAUAUGUGGACCGUCUACCUCUGUUUGAAAUUAAUAGGAACCAGACUAUUGCACACCAAACCAAAGAUGUCUAGUGCCUUGACAAGACAAGCAAUUUGCUCUAAAAGUCAUGGAGAGUAUUAAGACAUGUUCAUGUUCUCCAUUUACUUUAAGCCCAAGUAUAAUUUUAAAUUUUGAAUCUGGGUUCUUGGUUUCAGAUUGGUUUAAAAGAAAACUACACUUUAAUUCUCAAGCCACAGUCUAAAGGCCCUCUUUAGGCACAUAUUGUAUUGUUUAGGCACCUCUGUUGUGCACAAAGACACCCUGAUCAUCACCUCUGCCACUACGUACCAUUUCAUGUACUGCUGGAUCUUUUCAAAGUUCCUGAGUUUCAGAGGAGGCUCAUUGGGGAGUGCCAGGGCUGCUGACACAAGGGAGCAGGAUGCUCAGAAACAGUACCAUGUGCAUGUGCAAUUUUCCAUGCAGCCCUUUGGAUUCUGGCUUCAUCUGUUAAAACAGUCUGACACUGCAGUAUUUCCAGCAUGAGAACUUUUCCCCUAGUGCAGAGGACUCUUUGUUUCAGACCAUUAAAUAUGUCCCUCAUUGUAAAGGCAGUUGAUCAGAUUCUAGGUGAUUCUACUGCAAUUGAUCACAUUUUUAACCAUGUUUUUGUGCAACAUGUUACAAUGCAAGAGCCACUUGGGAAAAGAAGGAUGUUAAACUUUUUUAAAAUACACAAUUCAGUAGGGUGACUUCCUGAAGAUUUCUUUUCUUGAAAAGCAUGGGAGUAUCUUUCAACAAUACUGCCAUCUUAUAAGGCCAUCUGUGUUGCAGCUGUUUUGUAAUCUACUUGAGAACUCCUCCAGAUUAGCGCAUCGACCUCUUAGUAUGUGCCCAGUGACUACCAGAAAGUAUUUUCUGAUAUCAAAACUGUUAUGUGGGCUUUUAGACCCAGCAGACCUUUGUUCAAUAAAGGAAUUUGUUUAACUGUUUGGGUUUGAAAAGCAUACAGCCCUGAUCUUUGUGCACAUCAGUCUGCCGUACCCAUAAUCACCAGCCGAACAAAGUUGGUGUGAUCAGCCUUGAUAGUACCAAUUCACUGUUGUGGGGUAGAGCUAAGGAGAUUAAUCCCCCAAACUAAUUAAUGGCACUAUUAAAGCUGUUUGUAUUGCCAUUUACGGGGUGAACAUAAGGUUUUGAUUCAGUAUCCUUUGAUAUGCCUACUAUUCCAGGUGCUAGAGUGGGGGUAUGCCGCUUGCUCUACACAUAACCCUUCUGUGCAUUUGAGAUUCAAGUCAAAGGGUGGUUCAUGCGUGGAAACUUGCCUCUGUGAGUGGAUUGUCCUUGCUGGAUUGGGACAACUUCUCUUAAACCUGAACACCUUGCAUGCAGAAUCCAGGCCAAGCACCAAACAUGCCAGUGCUUUGGCAUGAUAUCGUAAGAGUCCACUGGUUUCUUUACCUCUAAAUACAGUGGAAAUAUGUAGGAUGAGAGAAGAUUCCAGCAUGUAUAAUGAAUCUUAGUUUGCAACUGUACGCUUUUAAAGAUAAAAGUGUCUGCCUUUUCUCCUUUAGCUGCUUUUUCUCCAGGCAGGAAUUAUGCGCCAUUUGAAUUGUUCCCUCUCUUAUCCCAUGCUCAGGAAAAAUUAUUUGCUUGGUUUAUGCAUCACAGCCCUUGAGGAUACUAGGAAUGGGAUCUAGAAGAAAUCUUGUUAAGGAUUCUAGGAAAUGUAUUAUUGGGAAACUCCAACUGCUUGUCUUAAUAACUUUUAUCUUCUUCAAGGGGGUCUAAUUCUGGGUAUGAUUGACUACACAGAGUAAGAAAAAUAAAUUCUUCUGUGGGGGUGUGGAGAGGUAAAGAUAGAGGAAGGACAUGGAAAUAAUGUUUCUCAUUCAAAGUUGACUGGAGGCAACUACUACUGAACUCAAUUAAGUAGUUUUCUCUUAUGCAAGUUUGUUGUAUUUAAUUAUAUUUCAAGUGCCUUAACACCAUUAGUCUAUUUUUUGGUAUUGACUCCUCAAAUAUUUUAAAAAUGCAUUUUUAUACAGCUCAUAGCAUUCAGUUGUAGCAUGGAUAUUGAAAGGACUACUGGGGAUUUUGGACAACUUUCAAUAAAUACUUUACAAAUGCA